AUGUAUACGGUGUGGGAUAUGUGUUGUUUAUGGUGUUGCUUUCUUAAUUGUCUUUUUUCUGCCUCUUUCUAUGUAUAUGCGCCGUUUUUUGGAGUCAUUGGAUGUGCAGUAGCAAUUAUUUUUACAAGUUUUGGUGCUGCUUAUGGUACAGCUAAGUCAGGUGUGGGCAUUGCUUCAAUGGGCGUCUUUCACCCAGAACUUGUUGUUAAAAACACUAUUCCUGUGGUAAUGGCAGGGAUUAUUGCAAUUUAUGGGCUAGUUGUUAGCGUGUUAAUUUCGGGCGGUCUCAAGCAGCAGAUUUCGCUUUAUACAAGCUUUAUUCAGCUUGGCGCGGGCCUUGCCGUUGGUUUGUCGGGUCUUGCAGCUGGUUUUGCAAUUGGCAUUGUUGGUGAUGCGGGUGUUAGAGGCACAGCACAGCAGCCUCGACUUUAUGUCGGAAUGAUUCUUAUUCUUAUUUUUAGCGAGGUGCUUGGUUUAUAUGGACUUAUUGUUGCACUUUUACUUAACACACGGACUACCGAUGCAGUUUGUGGUUAA